UUGUUUCAACAUAUAAUUUCUGAAGUCUUCAAGUAUUUGUGUGCAUAGUAAGGUUUCCUAAGAAAUUGCUUUUUAUUUUCUUAAUUGGUGGCGAUGGUCAAAAUAUUAGUGUUCAGUUAUCAUCCUUCAGCAAACAUCGAAUAACGGAGUUAAGGUCAUGGACCUACAUUGCUGAAAUUAUGUGAAAAUAUGUAGAACAGAUUUGUGUAAAGCAUUAAGCAUGUAAUUUACAUGUUGGUUUAUCAAUGAAGGUCAUCUGGGGGAAGAAAGUCUCUUCAUUGUGAAACAUCAUGAAUUGCCUCCACAUAAGUCAUACAGUAUUAUAAGACUGAAAAGAAACAAUGAUUGUGCCUUGUGAGGAAUGAGUGCCUUCCUUUUGGCUGUACAGAAACUUUUCAUUAUGUUGUACAAGUUUAUGUAUGUAACUGUACAAUUAUGGUUUGUACUAACAAGCUCUUAAAACUAAAGAGUGAAGUACCUGACAUAAACAUAGAGUGUAAGGAAAAUGGAUAUAUGUGCCAGUAAUGGAGUAGACAGUGAACAAAUUGUGGAAUCCAUUGGAAGUGCUAAAUUAGAUCAAGACGUGGAUUCAGUCACCACCAGGGAGGGUGAAUUGUUGAAUGAAGUAACAGUUCCAACAGAGGGGGAAGUGGUUCAGGAAUUUGUUGUACUAAACAGCCCACGUGUAAAGCCUCUUGCAGCUGCUCCAAGAAUGCCCCAGCAGUCUGUUCCGAGAAAUACAACACAAGAAGAAGCUGCAGGUGUGCCAUCGUCUGUACCAACACCCAGUUUUGCCAUUCCACCCCACCUGAUGGGGCGUAAUGUUGACAACCCUACUGAGGACAUGAUUGGCAGUGGGCGCAAGCUUCAGAAACCUCGCCUUGGAGUUCGUGUACCAUAUCGUAAUUUGACAAGUCAGAUUGUGACUCAGGAUGAAAUUGCUCAGGAAUUACUGGAACGUUCACUGAAGAAACAUCCUGUUCAUGACACACCGGAGGGGGGAGAUUUGUUCUUUGCCAUGAAACUUACACAGCGUUUGGCAAAUCGUUUGUCACCAUCUGCAGCAGUCAGUUCAGGUGUUGGUGGGCAUGAUAUCGAGACAAUUGCUAGCAAAUCUGGGCAGUUCCAGCAGAGUGCAGAUGCUAAUUGCUUACUUCCUCCUGGCUACACCUUGGUACCUGAAUCAACAACCAUUCCUGAUCAUGGAGAACUCCUUGCAAUAUUAGAAGGAGAUGCAGAUCCAGAUUGGAUGCCAGAUACUAAUCCACCAACUCUUGAGGAAGUGGUUAAACCAGUAUCUCUGGUUGACUCUAGCAGACCACCAGCAAUGGCAGAGGUUGGAUCUAAUGUGGAUCAUAUUUCUGUACAUACUAUCCCACCAAAACUUGAUCCAUUAGUUGAAAGGGAAAUGGCACUUAAACAGCUUAUGGAAUUACCAAUACGGACUAAGAAAAAGAAAACAGAACCGAAUACAAAACGUGCAAAAACAACACAGAAAAGUAGAGAACGUGGAAAGAAAGAAUCACAGAGCAAGAAAGAUGAGUCAAAUUCAGUUACAGUACAAAUUAAUCCACAAGAUUCUGAGAACAACAACAGAGCUGCAGUGAAUGGUAAUCCUAAAGUUGAGAUUGACUCGACUCGGAAACAGAAACAAGUUCGAAAAAGGAAACUUACCAGUGUGGGAGAUGUAAAUAUAAAGCGACCAAAUAUAGCUAAGAAGAAAAAGGCAGACACUUCUGCAAGUCAGUCGGUAGUGAUUACUGGCAGUAAAAAGAGUGCUAAGAAACCAAAAUUUGCAAGAGCUGUAACAACAAAAAAACAAACAGCAGCUAAGAAUUCUCUUUUAAAUAAUGGUGUUACUGGAAACAGUGCAGUUGGCAUAGCUCCUAAACGAAGAAAAGUCACUACUCCCAGUGCAGUUUUGGGUGUGGUUAGUCUGCACAGAUCUGUACCUGGGACUUCAGCUCAGAAUGCACAGGAAUCUGCUGACAGUAACCUGUUAGAUAAGAAUUCUGAUGAUGAAUUUUCAGAAUCAUUGCUUAUGCAUUCUAGGAAGUUUGCAACACCUCCAAGAACAUACAGUCCAAGGAAGAGAGUUGUCAAACCUGGCAGUGAUCUUUCAUCUUCACCUAAAAAGAAUGCUGUAGCAGCAAUUCUUGUUAAAGAAAUAGGAAUUACUUUAUCUCAGUGUACACCAAAUUCUUCCACAGAACCUGGUGGAGGAUCCAAAUCUAGCACUCCUGGUAGUUUAUCUUCCAAACUUAAAACAUUACCUUCAACGAGUACUGAAGGUUUGCCCUCCAAAGUGGUUGGGGGUUCAACUCCUAAAGUCAUUGAGGGACUGGUAACAAAGAAUGUACAGAGUCCAUCAAAAAGCACUGUUGGCUUAAUAUCUGGCAGUGAGGAAGCUUUGAGUUCAAAACCAGGUGGAAGUGUGUCUGGGGGUGUGGUUAUUACACCACAUUCAGCAAAGAGAAAUGUUAAUGUGUCUUCUGGCCAAGUGAGCAGUGAGUCAAAAAGGAAAAGAAUGAGAGAAAUUGACCGUUUACUUAUGGAUGAAGGUGCAAUAAAUUUGCUCUAUGAAGUAGAGCAAGGAGAAUCAAAACGCCGCAGUGGACCACAAGAAGGUGUUUUGAGCAGUCCAAAACGUAAGAUGCGAUCUCCGUUGAAGUCUGUGCGUCGGCAGAAGAAGGAUCUCCAGUUAAAAACCCGCCUUGUUAAGAACGCAGUGCUUAGGCUUAGCAGUGUAACACCAUCUCCAUCGACAGCUGUUGCAUUGCGUGGAAGAAGGCAGAUUGGUCCCCCUACCCUCCAGUUAGCAACAAGUCAAAACCCAUACCGAUUACUUCAACGAAAGAAGUCUCUUGAUUCAAGAGAAUCCAUUCGUUCCCCUCCUCCUCUGACUCCAGUUGAUCCACCUUCACCUUCCCAGUCCUUUUCAUUUCCACCAAGGUUGCAUCUGCCAGCAGAGGCUUCCAGAAUCAUACGCAGGCAUUCCUCAAGCAGUACAUUCUCCAGUCGCAGCACCAGUCCCAAUUUGCAACAUCGUAACAGUGUUGAUUCUGUCCAGUCACCUGAAAAUUUUGAAAACAAACCUGACAAUCAUGAUGUGCAAGCUGGAAACAGUGUUCCUGUUCCAUGUGGCUCCAAGAGUUCUUCAGAAUUAGAUGAUAAGAAGCGGGCUGAAGUGCGUAAGAAAGGUGUUCCAAUAUUUGUUAGGAAACAAGAAACUACCCAGACUUACAAAGGGAAGAAAAAGGAUCCUAGUGGCAGUGACACAGAAAGUUUUAACCUUAGCGAAAAUGCUGAAAGACUCUUGGAAAUGAAAUGCAAAGAACUUAAAAUCCAUCACAGAACUAAUGCAGACAUAAAUAAGAAAGCACCUACAAAUGUGGAUCUUAAGAAGAAAGUUCUGGUGAGUUCUUCACAGUUGGGUGGAGCACACAAGAAAAUCAGUUGUGCAGUCAGAAUGAAGAUAAAAACUCAAAUGACAAAAAAUUUCCAAAGAGGGGUCCAAAAAGGAAAAUCGGUUCAAUUUAAAAAGUCAGUUUCAAUGGGUAAACUUAAGAAAAAGGAUGUGAAGGAGAGAGUGGAUGCCGUGGAAAUGGAGAUGCCAGAUUUAACAUCGUGCUUGGCUGCCGUGGCUACUGAAUUUGCAACUGGUGGGGAAAAUAUCAAGAAAGUGACACAUUUGAGGAGGAGUUCUCAUGAUUCCUCACCAGGUUCCAGUCCUGGCUCCAAGAGCCCAUCUUCUAAUCAACAAUAUCCACAUCUCAGGAAAGAAGCAAAAGAAGUUCCUCCUCCACUUAGCCCUAAUGCUUCAAGUUAUUCAACGCUGGUUAAAACAUUGGAAACUGAGAGCCAGAAACAGAAAAGGAAAGAAGAGGAGGGUCAGAAGCAGAGGUCAAGCGUUCGACAGAAUGCAGGAACAUAUCACUACAAGGAGAUCUGUCUUCGUCGCUAUGACAACCUUGUCCAGAUCAUCCUUACUCCAGCAUCUACCAAAAUGAAGAACUCCCUUAACCUUCAGGUCCUUCGUGAGCUGCGAGAAGUUCUAAGUCAAUUGAAGCGAGAUGAGGGAUGUCGAGUAGUUUUGCUGACAUCAGCAGGGAACUCAUUUUGUCAGGGUAUUGAUUUCCAUAGUCUCCUGCACACAAAUGCUGACAAACGGAGGACUGCUGCUCAAGAUUUGGCACAAGCGCUUAAGGAGUUCGUGAAGAGCCUUGCCUUGUUCAGCAAGCCUCUUGUGGCAGGAGUCCACGGAGCAGCUGUGGGACUAGGAGUCACAAUACUUCCAUUCUUUGACAUGGUUUUUGCAAGUGACAAAGCUACAUUUUACACACCUUAUGCCAAAAUAGGCCAAAUUCCUGAGGGGGCAGCCGUAUUAACACUGCCACACAUGCUGGGGAAUGCUGUGACAAGUGAGCUACUGUUCGGAUGCCGGAAGCUGACUGCUAGUGAGGCCCUUCAUUUUGGCCUGGUUACACGAAUCUUGUGGCCAGACAAGUUCCAGGAGGAACUAAUCCCCAUCAUUCGCAGCAUGGCCUGUCAGUCUGCUCAGUCCAUGGAAGCAACCAAAGCCCUCCUACGACAUACCUUGCGGGCAAAGCUAGAAGCAGUGUUGGAUUCAGAAGUGCCCCUUCUAGUGCAACACUGGAUUAGUUCAGAAUGUCAGACAAAUUUUCGCCAUUUUCUGGAUGAUGAAGACAUUGGUUUACAACGUCAAAGAUUGGACCCUUGACCUCCAAAUUAACAGAAGAGGCUGUUGAGGUAGUUGUUCAGUGCCAGCGUGUAGUUUUACUUCACUGAAGGAAUAAUUUUUAAGGAAAGGGGAAGUUACUUUUACAAUCUUUUGACUAUCACUGUACAAAUUUUUUAUGGUGUCUUACUAUGACACUGCAAUAAAAGUAUCAAAAGAAUUCUUUAGAUACCACUUUUUAAAUUCCUUCUCAUUCCACCCAAUAUAAGGGUAAUAUAUUUUCUUUCAAUGCUGAAGGAUUCAUUAAGUGAUGCUCAAAAAGUUUGUCAUGAGUAUGUUGUUUUGUUCCAUCACAGUUUUGAAUUUUUAACAAGCUGUAUCUCAGCUGUCCAAGUGACUGUACUUGCUAGAAGUGCUAAGAAGUUUGCUUGACUGUGUUCUGAGCUCUUUGCUUCACUCAGUGACCUGACAUUCACUUUUGUACUGAAGGUGAUUUAUUGGUUUUAGUCAACCAGUAACCAUUCUCAGACUGUCAAUAGCUUGUCAUUAGCACUUCAAAUGUUAUGUGAGUGGGAGCAGUGAGUAGUCCACUGAUUACAAAAUGGUAUAAAAGGAACAGUUUUCAUCUGUCCUAAUCAUAAAUAGGAUUGUGCUCUUUAGUCUGCCAGCUUGUUGACACUGUUUAUUGUCUUGUCUUUUAUGGACACCUGUGCUUGUUUUCAAUAGUUUGGAAAAGGAAGAACAGUGAAAAUUAUUUUCAUAAUCAGAAGGUAGUUUUAAGGAAGAUUAUACAGCUGUUAGCAGUUGACCAAUUGUGAACUAAUUAUAUUAUAUUUCUUUAGGCAUGAAAUGUGCUGUAAAUGAAUUUGUCAGCAUUGUGAUGGCAAUACACGUUGUCCCAUCCAUUUUCAUAUGUAAGGAAAGAAGGUGGUGUUAUCAAAUGUUUCUUAAGUAUUUAUUUAGGGGGAAAUUUGUAGCAUACUAAAAUAUGUAUUGUUAUGCAUCAACAGGUGUUGCCAAAUGUAAUACACUACUGUUCAUAAUCUAUGGUAUUUGUAUUCACUGUCUUCUUUUGUACAGCAGACAGAAGUAUGAUUAUCAAAAUACACUUACAUUUUUAGAAUAGUCUUUCCAAAUAAUUUUCAUGUCAUUUCCAAAUUUUAUUGUACUCAAUUUUAAAUUAUGUAGAAAGUAUUCAUAUGAAAUAACAUUUUUUUAUUGUAUCAUGAAUUGACCAAUGUUUUAUUUUAGAUUCAAAUCUAAAUCACUGUUUAGAUGUGUGUUUUAUUUCAAAUAUGAAAUGUAAAUAUCUUGGCAUUUAUUUUAUUUACAUAUCAAUGAAAUGUUGAGAGAUUUACUUUUAAUCAGAUUUAACUGUGAAACAAAGCAGGUACAUUAUCAAUUUGAUCUUCUUGGCAUACAGUGAGAUGCACUUAAAAGAAGAGCUAGUAAUGAAAUAUGAACUAUAUUUAAGUUUGUAUUAAUGAUGGAAUGUGAUCACUAAAGCUUAAACUGUAGUUUCUUCAACUGUUCAAACUGGAGAUACAAGAAAUGUCAGAAAGUGUAUAUUAACCCUUCCACUUGUGUCAACAUUCCAGAUGCAAAAUCAUUUGGCAUUUUAUUAGACCAUACACUUAAUACCAGCUGAUUAUUGAAUGUGGAAUACAGACAUGUUCAGAAGAAUGAAAGCUAUCAUUAUGAACUUCAACACUGACAUAGUGUAACACUGACGAACAGACAGCAGUGAUGUAGAUGCAUUUCCACCCAUUAAAACAACAUACCAGUAAAGUGAAUUACAUGGCAUAAGACCAUAGGCUGAAAUAAUUUUAGCACAUUUAUUUUUCUGGGAAAGCUUCUAAUGUUACUUAAAAUUAGUUACCUUUUCAUGCUAUGUGAAACUGCUAAGAAAUUCCCUUUUUGUAUUUUUGGAACUACACUGUUUAUAUAUUACACUCUUCAGUUACUUUUAAAAGUCAAGUAUACACUGAAAUGAAUGUGGUUUGUUAUAAUGUAUAAUUUUAAAAAGAUGUGAAUGCUGGUGGAAGUAUAAAUUUAUUUUGGAAUAUUAAAGCAACAGAAAGAUGCUCUGUCAGGUUACAGACUUUACUGUUAUGAUUGGAGAGCAUCAUGGCCAGUAGUUUUCUCAUUUGAUGGUGUAUAACCUGUAUAAAAUAUUACAUUGUUGUUAACUCUUUGAAGCCAAUGCUUGUCUAAAUAAUAAAAUACUUAGUCCUUACCUCAAAGAAAACAACACUUCACUAUUACAAAGAUCAGGUGGUUAAUGCUAUUUAAGGAAAUAAUUUCUGUUUGCUAUGAGGAUCACAUGAAACCCAAAAUACACUGUGUGGGCAAAAUGCAGAGUUACUGAUUAUUAAAGCAGUUGGUACACGUAGUUGCCAUUGGACUUUAAAGAGCUAACUAAACCAAGAAACAAACAUAUAAUUGCAGUUCUGUGACAGGAAAAUAAAAACUCAAUCUCUUUGAACACUUUAUUAAUAUUUUCUGUGUCAUUCUUAUUGAGGAUUAAAGAUAUGGUAACAAAAUUUUAGUAAAUCCUCAUGCUCACAAGUAAUUUAAAAUAUCAGUAUUGAACUUGAAUUGUUAAAAGCAUUUGUAUUUCUGUACCUUUUCCAUUAAAAUUAAUUAUUUUCACAAAAUUAUCAUAAAUUUCUUAUGUAAUGUACUAGCUGUACAUGGAUUAGGCAGGUUAUUGUCACUACUGGGAAAUAUCUUCAUAUAUAUUGUACAAAUUAAAAAUGAAACUUAGGUGGUUACAUACUUGGCACUUCCACUGCUACAAUUUUUGUGCACUGACAUUUGUUACCCGAGUCCUUUUCAUAAGAUUUUCUAAUUGUAGCAGGAAAAAUAUUGUAUUUUCAGAAUUGACAUGAAGAGCAAAAGGACAAACAAAAUUAAUUUUCUCAGGGUUGACAGUUUUUUAGAAUGUCAUAGAAAGAAAAUAAUAAUGAUAUUCCUUGAAUUUCUAUGGUUCUGAGUGCAUCCUGGAUAUUUGCUAUGUCUUAACUUAGCCUGAUGUUAUGUUGAAGUAUUAGAAGUUUUCACAGUUGUGUGAGUUUAGUUUUCUCCUUCAUUGAAGGCCAAUAUAGUUGUCUGGUUAUACACCAACAUUGUGGCAAGGAGGCAGUAUGUUCCUUUAAAACAUUUGUAUACAUCCAGAAAACUACAUGGCACAACUGCCCAGAACACCUUAAACCAAACCCAGUGUAUAGUUCUUCCUUAUUUGUACUGCAACAUAUUUUAUAUUCAUCUUGGUUUCUUGUUUUUCCUCACAAGUAAACUACAAAAAUUGUCUUAAUAGAGUAAAACCUACUUAUAACAUAAAUACAGGGAACCUGAACAUUAUUUAUUUUUCAGACAGUAACACAGGUGCUUUCAAAUAGAAAAUAUCACUCUGUACAUAGCCCAUGUAUUUAUGAUUCAGAUAAGUCAUAUUAGUGCCACACACACUACACUGUUAUUACUAAUCAUUUUCAACUUUCAGUUUUCUUCUCUUUUUUUUAUCUCUUGUUUGUGUAUUUAGUAGAUAAUAAGCAUUUUGCAUAUAUUGCCAAUAGUCAGGCUUAACUGUUGUCCAUUUAUGACAGGAAUGUUCCUUCAUAGAUAAAUUCCAGGAAGCACAGAACAGAGUUAUAUGAACAGAAAAUAAUAUUUAUAAGGCCAGUAGUAUUUUCCAGUAAAAUCAUUUUUCCAUUUAAUCCAGGUUGUUUUUCAAACAUGUUUUACUGUUUCUCAUUAAAUUUUUCAGUGUGUACUCUUUGUAGUUUGGUGCUCAUUUUGUUACUUGUCUGUGUCAUAGUCCAAUAUUUUGACAAUCAUGUUUGUAUUUUACGUAGUUGUCCUGUUAGACACGUGUUACUUUUCAUCUGGUAUGUUUGAUACUACUUCCUUGUCGUGCCUUUUAGUCAACUGUGAAACAAGAUUUAAAAAUAAACGUUAGUAUUUAAAGAGUAAAUUUCUCCAUGUUAGAUGGCCAUUUAAUAUAUUGACUGAGUACUGUAUAUCAGUAAUUAAUUCUGACUUGUUAACCCUUCUAGUGUCAACUCGGGCACAUACUUUUGUGUGUUGUCUACACUGCUUUAUACCAAGCAUAUACACAUACAGUGUAGCUAUAAUAUUAAUCCCUGUUCUAAAAUAAGAGCAGUCAUUCUAGUCUCUCUGCAAAAAUAUCAGAAAGGAACAGUGAUUCCAAGUGAGCCAAUACAGUAACAUGAAAGAGGUAUCAAAGUGGAGGAACAGCAGUAAAACUUUAAAGCUAAGCUUUGUUAUUAGUCAAGUGUUGUCACUUGCAUUUGAACAGGAAAAGGGGGGGGGGCAGAGUAACUGUUCAUAUAGCAACAUGCCAUUAAAACCACAAAGGAUUGUUUCUGCCUUCCUUUGUAUGUACUGACAGGUGCAAAGGUUAAUUUUUGUCAUGGCACAAUGCAGGCAACUGUUCUCUCAGUUUAUAUGAGGCUCUUUCAAAUGGAAUCUGUUCAGGGAUUUUUUUGGGCAAAGAAUAUAUAAAGAAUAGUCUCCAUAGGUGUUGAGGUAGGCCAGACAUGUGUAAAGGAGAUUUCAGGUUGUCAUGGCCAUGAGUAUGAAGAUGACAGUCUUUCAGGAUUUUGUGCCAUAUAAUCUCAUAGAAAUUGAAUGACAUUUCAGAGGUGCUUACUGUCUUUAUCUUCACCCUGGUGAUAGAGGCAGUAAGCACCCCUGAAAUGUUGGUCAGUUUCUACAAGACUACAUGGUGCAACAUCCCAGUAGACCAUCAUCUUCAUGUGACAGUGACAGGUCUGGUCUGUAUGGGGGGAUAGUCCAUUGCAUGGAGUGUGGCAUGUCCUAGAUAGUGCAAGCCACGUGUGGAUGGGUAUUGUUGUGAAACACAAUGAUGCCUUUCAUUAGCAUGUCCAGAUACUUUCUCUUGAUGGCAGUACAUAGAUCUUGGAUGGCUCUAUAAUAGUGCUGUAACCACCUAUACUAGUCUAUCUGUUAUCAACCCAAAAGACCGUGAUUUACAUUCCUAUUGAAUUAUUUGCCUUCUUUUGCUCUGUCACUUGUUCAUGGUUAGAACAAAGGGAAUUGAACAUAUGUAUGGUAUCUUCCAAGUCCUCUUGCCAUACACUUUAUACUGUAGUAUAAGCAGAUUUCAACAAAAGGAUGGACAGUUCCAUUCAAGCCAGAUACUAAUGGUCCAGCAAGUUACUUAAAAUAACUUUACUUCAGGAUGUCUUUCUAAACAUUAGCUUAAUGCUCAUGUAUGAUAGGCUGUAGCUCAGUGACUAAUUUAGCAUUUAUAGGCAAGCCAGUCAGUAAAGAGACUGUUGUCUCAGUAACUGGAGUUCAAUUCCAGGAAGGAUAGGAAAAUCAUCAGCAUAUCCUGACCAACUCUGGUACACACUCAUACUCCUUCCCAAUCAAUGAGUACCAGCAGACUUUCACAGGGUAAAGUGGCCGGAGCAUGUUGGAAUAUAAAAUAUGCAUACAAACAAAAGGUUUUAGAUUCAGAACAUGUUGCUUACCACUCACCUCCAUCUUAUGCUGGGAUUGUUAAAACUGUACAACAUUAACUUAUAGUUCAAUAAAGGGGAUAAAGAAAUGCUUGUCAUAAAUUAUAUUAGAAAAUAUAAUUUCUAUUUUUUACAUUGUGAUAUGUAAAAUAAUGUAAACAUUUGUGAAAAGUAUGUUCUAGUUCAGAUUAUGGAUGGGCAGUAACUACUGGUUCUGAUACUGAACAAUAUACAUUUAAACAGUGAUGUGAAUUAUUUUGUGUUCUGCAGAAAUGUAAUCAGUGAUGUGAGAAUUAUUUGUUUAUUAUAUGUAAUUACUUUGCUUCAAGGUUCCACUUUUGAACUUGUCCCUUUUUGGAACAUUACAACUACAUUAUGAAAGUGUUGCUCAUAAUUACAAACUUUUGUUGCUGCUUUUGUUGUGUGUGAGAGAGUGUGAUUGACACAUUCAUUUGGGUCAAAAUAUUAUCCACAAUUAAUUACUUCAUUUAUUAAAACAUAGUCAUAAUGUUGCUUUCUUAUUUAUUGUGUAUAUUUUUACUUUGUUAGCACAUAAUUCCACAGUCCAUCUUAUGAGCUCUCAUAUCGCAUGAGAAUACAAGAAAUCAUUGUGGUUUCUUAAAAUGAUUAUUUCAACCAGUGUGGGAAAAAUGACAAAAUUAUUGAAUUAAUUGUAUGGACCACAGAGCUAAUGAAUAAUAAAUACAAUUCAGAAUUUC